AUGCCCACGAAGACAAGGCCUGUCGAGAAGUUUGCUAAAGCCACCGCACAGUGCUCCGUUGAGGCAGCGGCAUAUGGCAAGUGCGUAGUCGCAGAUUACAACGCAGUGCAUAAGGAUAUGUGCGCCAAAGAGUUUAUGAGGCUCAAGGACUGCUUCCUGGUACGAUAA